AGAGCGACGGGUUACUUUCUAUUCAAGAUGUCGGCGGUGUGUGUGUAUCCCAUGUGUGUCCGGGUGAGUAGGGGCCUCCUCAGGUUGAGGGGUGAAGCCUCGUCUUCCGCAGCGGCGGUUUUAGUAAGAAAUUUCUCUGUUGCCCCGGGAAAAGGGGAACAGAGCGGCGCCACAGAGGGCUUGGCUCAGGCUAUUCUACAAAAGAGACUUCAGCAGCAGAGUCAAUCUCCUCCUACAGGGGAGGGAAGCUCUGAGCAGCAGGAUAAUCAAGGUGAGGACAAGAAGCAGAAAGAGAACACGGCGUAUGCAAAGAAGGUGGUGCUUCGCUUGGCGGGGCUUAUGGGACUCGGCAGCGCAGUCGGCAUGGUCUACAUCUUUGGUAGCAACUCAGUAGAUGAACAUGGAAAUAAGAUAGCAGACGAGUUUGAUAAGGAGGGACCUGGUAUCCAGCAGCUCAAGAGAACAUUCAAGUAUUUCAAAGAUUACAGACAGAUGAUCAUUGAACCCACAAGUCCGAAGCUUCUCCCCGACCCACUGAAAGAACCUUAUUACCAGCCUCCAUACACUCUGGUGCUAGAACUCACUGAUGUUCUCCUUCAUCCCGAAUGGUCGUUGGCAACAGGCUGGCGUUUUAAGAAGCGCCCAGGCAUCGAAUACCUGUUCCAGCAACUAGCACCACUUUAUGAGAUUGUCAUCUUCACAUCAGAAACUGGCAUGACGGCGUACCCCCUGAUUGACAGCAUAGACCCACAGGGCUUUGUCAUGUACCGUCUUUUCCGGGAUGCCACACGCUACAUGGAGGGCCAUCAUGUCAAGGAUGUGUCUUGUCUGAACAGAGACACCUCGAAAGUAAUUAUAGUGGACUGCAAGCGAGAGGCCUUCAGCCUGCAGCCCUUUAACGGUAUGGCACUGCGCAAGUGGGACGGCAACUCUGAGGACCGCACGCUCUAUGACUUGGCUUCCUUUCUUAAAACAAUUGCCAUGAAUGGUGUGGAGGAUGUGCGUACUGUACUGGAAAACUACGCCCAUGAGGAAGACCCCAUUGAGGCCUUUAAAAGGAGACAAGCACAGCUUGCACUGGAGGAGGAGCAGAGGCUGGCAGAUAUUUCUCAUCAGAAGAAGCAGGGCUUAUCUUUAGGCUCCAUUGCAGGCCGUUUCUGGUCCCGCAAGCAGCAGUGAAGGUUGUCCUCUCUGAAGGCAGGCAGUUCUGGGCCACCCUGGGCAGUGACUGGUCAGUGGGGCAAAGCCACAGUCACUGGCAGGUGGUACCCCUGGCUGCAUUGGAGGGAGAAUAAAGGGGGAAAAACAUCCAGUUCCUUCCACUGAACUCUUGCCGCCAUGGUGUGGGAGAGGAGUCGGGAACUCCAAAAAGACCAUUUAGUACCUGUGUGCUGGUGAAGGCAUUGUCUGGACUGACCACAGCCUACAGCACGCCUUCCUCUGAUCUCAGUUGUUGUGUUUGUGUCUAAAAAUUCGUUCCGAAGGUCUGUAUACCUGGACCAAUUUUUCUCCACUUCUUAGCUCAUCCAUUAUCAUCAGCCACACCUUGCAUUGGACGCAAUCAGUGCUCACUAGAAGACUGUAUUAAUCCCGGUUUAGUGCUGGAGCACUGAUGGGGUGCAGCCAUCCAAUUUACCUAAGGAGUAAUGUGCUGGAGUUGUGUACUCUUGCUGCUGUAAGGACUGCAAUCUGUGUCAGCACGCCAGAUUGUAGUUCAUAUUAAGUGAAGUCACAUCUAAUGAUGACGUUGACCUGGUGCCAUUUCUGUUUUUAACUGCAACGGUACAUUACAUCUAAAGAGCUUGUGUAAUGCAUUUAAUGUGAACCGCUUAAAUGACCUUCAAUAAACAAAGUAUGUUUGACUUUCUAUAA